AUGCUAAGUUUCUUCUUCUUGGUAUUCCGUGUGCUGUCCGCAGAAUCAUUUUCUAUUAAAUAUGAAAAUGACUAUGGCUAUGCUAAUUCUUUUGACUUAAUAUACACUAAGAACGGAAUAGAUUAUACUACAUCCCAGUCAGGAUGGGCCAUUGCAUAUCGGUUUUACAAUAAUGAUACCCCAGGAAAUAAAAUGGAUAUUCAAAGGAAUGAUAAUGGUGUUCACAAGGAUGGCGACAUAACAAUUUCCUUGACAUCCAAAGAAGAACCAGGUCCAGGUUUCCUCACACUUAAUACUGGCAAAUACUGGAAAUGA